AUGCCUCCACGCUGCCAAUGGCUCGCUGGGCGUGUCCACACCUCUUCUCUGACUGUCCGGUCUGCACAAUUGUCGCAACGCACCUACGCAACGACCAACUCAGAAGUACCCCCGCCUGUGGUCAAGAAUCCUCUCCAGCGGCGAAAGGGUGGUGAUCUGGGUUCUCAUUUGCCCAAGGACAUCAUUCCACAAAACGUAUCCAUCCCCGCCUAUCCCUAUGGCGAAUAUCAGCUCUUCAGACAGGCCAAUAAGGGCCUCUAUGGCGAUCAGAUGAUACAGUUUGGCAACAACGUGUCCAAGAAGACCGAGACCAAGACACGGCGUGUGUGGAGACCAAACGUACUAUCCAAGAGUCUAUACUCGGUAGUGUUGAAGAAGAAGAUCAAGCUACGCGUCACUGCCAACGUGCUCAAGACGAUAGACCGUGAGGGUGGAUUAGACGAAUACCUGCUCAAGGACAGCGAGCAUCGAAUCAAGGAGCUGGGCCCUAUGGGAUGGGCCCUACGCUGGACACUGAUGCAGAGGCCCGAAGUCAUUGCACGACUUCGCGCCGAAGCCGCCGCAUUGGGCAUCGACCAAGCCACCAUCGACAAGCAAUGGCCAACGCGCAAGAUGAUGUACGAACAGCGGAAAGCUGAAGGUCUUCCCACUGAAAAAGCCUCCACAUACAAUUUCGAGACAGAUGUCUCCCGAGAGAGACAAGAACAAGGAAUAUGGGAUCCAGAAGACGACUCCUUCCGUGCCAACCCGACAUCUUCACCCGAGGAGAAACAGUUCGCCAUCGACACCAUGCGCGAAUUCAACAUGGCCGUUAUCGCUGGGCAACGUUACCUGAGGCGCGGCGUCGUAGACAGCGAAGAAGAAGGCAUCAAGCUAGCAUUCGUUCGCGCAAAGGAGCGUGAGGAUGCCACCAAAAAGCUGCAAGUACAGUAUGACACGGCACUGGCAUCGAUCCCUCUCGAGGAGCUCGAAGAGCUCAAAUCACGUCUCAAGCUCCCCGAAAACAUCAAGGAGCGCAAACUCCGCAAGAUUGCCUAUAACCAGCGCCGACGCGCGCAAGUCGACCAGGUGGGCGGCUACGAGGCCUGGAAGGAGGCCAAGAAGGCAGAGUGGAUGGCCUCAAAGGGCAUUUCGCCUGACUCGGAUCCCAGACCCAUGGAGGAGAGGAAGGCAGAGUAUGCAAAGCUUGUGGAGGAGGCGGAGACGGCCACGACAAACACGAGUUUGAGUAAAGAGAGGAGAAAGUUUUUCCAAGAAGCUAUCAACAAGGCGAAUAUCGCCAUCAAGGCCACGAGCGCGGGUGGCAAGUGGGAUUAUUUGGAUGCUCUCAUGAGGCAGAAGUUUCCUGAUUCGAUAGAUGCCGCGACGCGAGGAAACAAUCUUGGUGAGUUGACUCGAGGGGUUGGCGCGGAUGGUUGGGGCGCCGUCGUGGACGCGAGUAAUAAGUCUGAAGCCAGGCAGCCGAGCGCAUAG